AUGGAAGAUGAUGGUCUGAUCCUAAGUCCCACAUGUGAAGAGCAGGCAAUCUCGUUAAUCAACCAAGUGUAUAAUGAAAACAUACCAGCGAAAUCACUUCCCUUGUUAAUCCAUCAAUUUAAUUAUAAAUUCAGAAAUGAAAAAAGGUUAGAAAAAACGCUAUUCAAAAGCAAAGAGUUUUUGAUGAAGGAUGGCUACUCCUUUCACAGCAGUGAUAUUUGUCUAAGUGAAACUUACCAUGCAUAUAAAGAAUGCUAUGAAAAAAUUUUUUCCGAUUUGAAGUUACCAUUUAAGGUUACGAAAAAAAGGAAAAUGGAUAAAAUGAAUGCAUUGGAGAGUCACGAAUUUCAAGUACUCUGCCGAGAUGGGAAGUACAAAGAAGCUGCACAUAUUUUUAAAUUAGGAGAUUACUACUCCAAGAAAUUGGGAAUAAAAUACUUAAACAAACGGAAUGAAAAAAAUAAUAUUUUUAUGGGUUCCUACGGAAUUGGUAUUUACAGACUGCUGUACUUUUUGGUCGACUCUUUUUACGACGAUGAGGGAAUUCGGCUGCCUCCGCAGGUCGCGCCUUUCUCCGUCUACCUCAUUCAGACCAAUCAGAGGAGCAAGUACUCCGCGGCCAAAAUUGCAAAAAUUGUGAAAAUGGCCCAAGUGACCGGCGCGGCCCAGGCGAUGAACGUGUCCAGCGUGUCAAACGUGACAAACGUGUCAAACGUGACAAACGUGACAAACGUGACAAACGCGACAAACAUGCCCAACAUGCCCAACAUGCCCAACGCGCCCACCGUGCCCAACGCGACGACGGCCCCCCUCAACAGCAACGACGUCGAGUACGUCCUCACGCUGUGGCUGUACAACACGUUUAAAAACAGCAACGUGGACAUAUAUUACGACGACACGGAUUUGCACCUGUCGCGCAAGCUGAAAAAUUGCGACUUGAUAGGAGUCCCCAACCGAAUUAUAAUAAACCUCAGCAGCGAGCAAAGAAAGAUAAAGCUCCCCCCCGAUUUUUAUAACUACAUGGACACACCGAAUGCUAUUCUGCCCAACAAGCUCUACAUGACCUUUCGGGACGUCACCGUCGAGUACAAAAGUCGAUUUUCUCCGGAAAAAAAAAUUAUGACAAUUCAUCAGUUGUUCAGGCAACACCGAAGUGCCUCAAAUAUAACUUUUGGCCAGUCCGUGUUCAUGAGACUGAGGCACAAAACGAAGCAAUCGUGGGAAUUGUUUGGGAGCGGCAACUCCGUUAUGUUACAAACCGUGACGUGCUCAUUGAGCUGA